ACCAAGUUAUUCUUUACUUAUAGAACCUUAAGCAAAGUAUCUACCUAAGACAUGGUUCAAUUUUCCCUUUUUAGCUAUUGAAAGACAAUAUAAAACAAUCCCUGCAUCUGCUUAGAAAACAAGAAAACAGAAGGAAAAGCCCAUGAAGAUCAUUGACAAGGAACUCUAUGACCCAAUACACCCAAAACAUAACCUAAAGCUUGAAUAUACAGAAACACCAUUCAACUGUGAUGGGUGCAAGGAAGCUGGGAUUGGCCUCAAAUACAGUUGCCAGAAAUAUUGUGACUUUGAUCUGCACAAGGCAUGCGGCGAGAAAACUCCAACCAUUACUCAUCCCUUGUACAAAAAAUGUGAGUUCCAGUUCUGCUAUGAGCCUCCGGGAAAAGUGUUGAGGAUUUGUGAUGCCUGUAGAAAAGAUGUCUUGGGCUAUGUCUACCAUUGCAAGAAAUGUGGCUUUGAUCUCCACCCUUGCUGUGCAAAUCUUCCUCGAGUCCUCAAUGACGGGGACCAAAAUCUCUACUUGUGUCUCAAGCUCUCGAGUUCAUGUCAUCGGUGUGGAAGAAAGGGACUUGGUUGGUCAUACAGGUCUCAGUGCAAGACCUAUAAUCUUCAUGUGUCUUGCGUCAAGGAGUUGCUUGUGGAGAGCUGGGAAGCCAUGUAUCUCAAUGUGGAUAAGAACAAGGUUAGGGAGAUGCAGACCAGGAUCCCAAGCUUAAGGGCAACAAUGGAACACCAUCAUGGACGAAAGGAGGGAAAGGUGAGCAAGUGUUGUCAGAUGGCUGGUAGUGCUGUUCAGAUGAUCAUCUCUGCAAUCCUAGGAGAUCCUACAGCCAUAAUUGCAGCAGUGAUUGGUGGGUUCAUAUCCAAGUAACUGGAGGUAGCUGGAAAAACAAGAAAGUAUGCUUUAUUAAUUUAGUUAGUGCAUAAUGCACCAUGAACUCCAACUUCAGAGAAGCCGAGUCUCAAAGUAACAAAUAUCAACAAUGAAUCCCUAUAGGAAUAUCAAAAAUAUGAUUGUAUAUUUUGCU